UUCAAUUGCACAGACUUCUCCCGCUCAUUCCCUGCUGCUCUCUUUGCUUCGUUGAUUGUUCAGCACAUUCAUGGUCAGUAUUCAGUUGCAGAACAGAGGAAACUUGGAUAUUCUGAGAGGUCAGCUCUUCCUCUGGGUGGUGAAGCUGAGCAGGAAUGCUGCCUGCUGCCAACGCUUGUCCUGCAGAAUGAUGAUUUAGAGUUUUCAGGAUCGAAACUAUUAGUCUAAACCAAUGGAUUACUUGGAUGACGACAUUUCAUCAACUGGGUUUGAGCCACUCUUCAUCAAAGAGGAGGAACGAGAUCCAGACAGAACCAUGGUGGAACAAAGAGAAGGCCACGAAAACCCAUCAGGAUUAACCGGAACACAGCUCAAACAGUCAGCUUUAAUAAAACCGUGUCUACAGGAGAUGGAUGAGUUACUGAGGAGCUGUGAAGAGCUCACAGGGAUUUCCUUUGGCUCUCAGUACUCGACAACCUACGCUGAGGCGAAUCUAAGUGAGUCAAGUUAUGGAGAGACACGAGCGUCUCCCCAUGACUAUCUGUCCACUAGCUACAUCGACACGCAUGUGGAUGGAGCUGAUGCAGAAGAAGAGAAGAAAUUGGGAACCAUCAUUAACAGGUAUGGAGUUCCUCGGCAGACAGAGAUGCCUCUCACCUCAGCAGGUAACAAACUGAGUGAAAAUAUGGUGGAGUAUGAGGGCCAGCUGUUGGGAAUGCUAGCUAUGCUUGAGAACUGUAUGGAAGAGGCCGGCAUGGACUUUGAGCCGAAGGACUGGGUGGGAAAUUCAGGCCAAGAAUACAUAAACAUCAGGAAGAAUAGCCAUCAUUAUCAGCCUCUCGAGUUGGAGACCCAGCCAAUGCAGGCUAAAUCCUUUAAAUCAUCCGGGGACAACAUGAGAAUGACAGCAGGUUCUGCAACAAAUGGAAGCCAGCCAAGUCUUUUGUCUGGCUGGGAGAAAUCGGUCAGCUUCCCAGUGGAGAGACCAGAGACGCAAGGUCAUUUAAAAAGAGAUCAAGGAGUUCAUGACACACAAAUGAGCUUUCCAGGGCAACAGAUAUAUGCAGAUAAUACCAAACAAGAUCCAAUAUACUGUGAGGGGAUAAAAGCAAGAUGUAUGUUUCAUGAAGGUACAGAUCACGGAGAAGUCACUGAAGUAGGACAUGAAUUCAAGAUGGAAGCCAUAGAUCUAGGAUCUGGCAUGAAUGAGUUAAAGGCUUUGGGGUCUAAGAUGGAGGACUGUCUGGUGGGGGUGCAGCAGUUAGAAAAGAAGAGGAAGGAGCUGCUGGUGGAGGUGCUGCAGCUAAGGGGAAAUAAAGAAAGAGAGGAGGCAGAUGGGGCAAAGGAAGAAGAGGCAGAGGAAGUGAUUGACAACAAAGUGGUAGAGCUGAUGAAAGUUAUCAAGAGGGAAGAGGAAGGAAGAAGGGAGGAGAGAAAGAGGGAGAUACACAGCCUCAAAGAGGAGAGGGCAGAGGAGGAGAGGAAGAUGUGGAAGAUAAACUUGGAGAGACAAGGGCUGCAGGAGGAGCUCAGGAAGCAAAGGAGGCGGCUGUUUGCAGCGGCUCGGGACUGUGCCCACAGUCAGGCAGCCCUGAACAACCAGCGGCGGGAGGUGGAGCUGCUCAAGAGAGAAAAGGAACAGCUGAACUCCCUGUUGAAUCAGCUGACAGAGGAGAGCUACAAGCUCAGGUCGACCCAGCAGCAGCAGCUUUCAGAGCUACAAGCAAAGCUGCACGCCCAGAGCUCCAGUCAGACCUCCAACUCUCAGGGGGAGCUGACCGAGUGCAGGAGGAGUUCCUGCGGUGAUGUCCAGCAGUAUCUGGAGGGUGGGCUGAAAGCACUGGAGGACAGGUUUGAGCCCAUUUUAUCGGCACUGCUGAAGAGGAGAGAGGCGACAGCUGGCGCAUUGGUGAAAGCAAAAGAGGAGGCCCAAGCACUGAAGGCCCAGCUGACACCUCUGAGGGAGGAAACCCAAAAGCUGCAACUGCAGAGGGCUUGUUUGGAGGAGAAACUCAAACUCCUUCACAUACAGAGAUGCGAGGAUGUGGGACGGUAUAAGGAAGCAGUGUAUUGUCUGGAGGAGAGCGGCAGGGAGCUGAAGACCGAGUUAGAGAUUCAAAAGAGAAAAACCAAAGAGAUGGAGGAGUUGAGAGACAGCCUUGCCAUGCAACUCCUGCUUCACAGGGCUGCCAUUAAGGACCAAAAGGAGCACGACCCCGAAGACAAAACAUAGAUUCACUUCCCUUCUUGACAGCGUUUUCUGAUUUAAAGAUUUUGCUUUGUUCUUUUUUUAUAGUCUUUUAUAGUCAACUCCAAAGAUUCAGUGAAUGCACUUUACGUAUGAGGCAACACAAGACAAAUGCUUGUUUUCAAAUUGUCUGUAAAGAUUACGUUUAUCUGCAGCAUGUCGAAAGGUUUCUGUUAUGAAUAAAGGCCUUGUGUUUCUUGUAGACUGA